AUGUCGGCACCCAGGACUCGGAGAAGAGCUGCCCAGGAAAAGCUGGAGCAGGUCUCUGAUGACGAACGCUCCCCGGCCGUCGUGGACGGCAAUGGCUCGGCCCACGAUGCGCCGGAAGCCUCGGAUUCUGAUUCUGGCAGCGACGAGAACAUCUUUCUGUUCUGGCCCAACAUCAUAGGCUACUGCCGAAUCGUCCUUGCUAUUGCCUCCCUCUACUACAUGCCAUUGCACCCUCGCACCUGUACGCUACUCUACAGCGUUUCGUGCUUGCUUGACGCUCUCGACGGAUAUGCUGCCCGAGCCUUCAACCAGUCGACUCGCUUUGGCGCUGUCCUGGAUAUGGUCACGGAUCGCUGCACCACCUCGUGCUUGCUUGUCUUCUUGUCCUCGGCCUUCCCGCGAUGGGCCAUCGUCUUCCAGAGCUUGAUUGCGCUCGACUUCUCCAGCCACUACAUGCACAUGUACGCUACCUUGGUUGUUGGCGGUUCCGACUCUAGCCACAAGAACAUCGACAAGAGCCAGAGCUGGCUUCUGAACCUAUACUAUACCAACAGGACCGUCCUGUUCGUUUUCUGCCUCUUCAAUGAAGUCUUCUUCAUUGCGCUCUAUCUCCUGUCCUUCUCCUCGCCGCUCCUCUCGCCCCACCUUAUCAAGAGCGUGGAGGAGACCAGCGGUGGUCUGAUCCAGCCAGGCGUGCCCGUCAACACAUCCCUGCUCCGACAACUGUUCCCCGACCCCUUCAGCGCCGCUGCCCUCGAGAUUGCCCGAGCCAACAAGAUGGAUUCCACCCUCCCUUGGGUCAUCACCGGCAUUAGCUUUCCUAUCAUGCUGGCCAAGCAGAUCAUCAACGUGGUGCAGCUGGUCAAGGCAAGCAGGUGGCUUGCUGAGGUGGAUAUCAAGUCACGGAAAGCCAAGGGCCUGGGCAAGAAGGCGAGAACGGCCUAA